AUGUUUUGCUGUGGGUACUGUACUCCAGAAGAAGAAGAUAGCCAAGACGCAACCUCAUCUAAAAAGAACAAUUCCAGUCUCGGGAAGAAGAUGCCGAUGAAACUGUACUAUUUUGAUGGCCGCGGAACUGGGGAGGCCAUUCGACAGGUGUUCAAACUGGCAGGCGAAGACUUUGAAGACGUUCGCUUCUCGAUGGACGAGUGGCCCAAGCAUAAAGCCGACAUGCCAUUCGGGCAGAUUCCGGUGUUGGAAGUGGAUGGAAUGAUGAUCCCUCAAUCUGCAGCCAUUGGGCGAUAUGUGGCCAAAAAAUUCGGUCUCGCCGGAAAGACGCCAACUGACCAGGCUUGGGUUGACGCAUGCGUCGACCAAUUUAAGGACCACUACACCGAGAUCAACAAAUGGUACUACACGGCCCUUGGAUUCGCGAAUCACGGUGACAAGGAAAGCCUCUACAAAUCGGUGUACGAGCCGGCUCGCGACAAGUUCUAUGAUUUCUUGCAAAAACGCCUCAAGAAGAAUGGCAGCGGAUUUUUGGUUGAAAACUCGGCGACGUGGGCUGAUCUUCUGAUUGCCGAUCAUAUGCACACCAUUCUGCAGCUGAAACCAGAUACUCUCCAGAGAUUCCCGGAGAUGCUGGCCUUCAAGAAACGCGUCGAAGAGCUACCCCAAAUCAAGAAAUGGAUCGCCACUCGCCCAAAGACUCCUUUC